UUUCACCUUUCUUGUUAAGGAAAGUGCUUCGAUAUUUUGCAUUUUUGCAAUUUUUCUUUAUCUCAAUAAGUUAAUGUCUCUGUUAAUUUUGCAAAAAAAAAAAAAAUUAUCUAAAACAUAAACUCCUCUAGUGAUUAAUGAUUAUUGAUAUGAGUAUAUACUAUUUCUACAUUAAUCAUGGUUAAGCAGGAGACAUAUGGCUGAGACUCUUUUGUCGUUUGGAGUUCAGAAGCUUUGGGAGCUCCUUGCCCGAGAAUCUGAUCGAUUUAAGGAAGUUAAUGAGCAACUUACUCAACUGAAAAGUGAUGUCAACUUGCUUAGGUCCUUCUUGAAAGAUGUAGAUGCCAAGAAACAUGCAAGCUCAGUCGUUACAAACUGUGUGGAAGAGAUCAAGGAAAUCGUUUUUGACGCUGAGGAUGUAAUCGAAACCUUUCUUUUGAAGAAAGAACUGGGACGAACAAGUGGAAUCGGGAAGCGCAUGAGAAGGCUUGCUUUCACCAUACCGGAUCGCAGGGAACUUGUGUCUCAGAUGGAAGGCAUAAGCAAGAGAAUCUCCAAGGUGAUCCGAGAUAUGCAAAGUUUUGGGGUGCAACAGAUGAUUGUCGAUGGCAUUGGCAGCAGUGGGUAUUCAGAAACUAUUCAAGAAAGACAAAGGGAGAUGAGACAUACUUUUCCUAGCGGGAACGAGAGCAAUCUUGUGGGUUUGGAGGAAAAGGUGAAGAAAUUGGUCGGCUAUUUGGUGGAAGAAGAGAGCAUUCAAGUGGUUUCUAUCUGUGGGAUGGGUGGGAUUGGUAAAACUACUCUGGCUCGCCAAGUGUUAAGUCAUGAGAUGGUUAAAAAACAUUUUGAUGGAGUCGUGUGGGUUUGUGUGUCACAACAGUUUACACGAAAAUAUGUGUGGCAGACAAUCUUUCAGAGGUUUAGUUCCGUUGAUCAUGAUGAACGCAGAGGCUCAGAUAUGACUGAAGAUGAGCUUCAAGACAAACUUUUUAGACUACUGGAAACCAGCAAAUCUUUGAUUGUCCUGGAUGAUGUGUGGAGAGAAGAAGAUUGGGACAGUAUAAAGCAUGUGUUUCCACCAACAAAAGGAUGGAAGGUAUUAUUUACUUCUCGCAACGAGAACGUUGCACUACGUGCUGAUCCAAAAUGCGUGACUUUCAAACUAAAAUGCUUAACCCCCAAAGAAAGUUGGGGUCUUUUUCGGAGGAUAGCUUUUCCUAGGAAAGACACAUCAGAGUUUAAGGUUGAUGUAGACAUGUUAGAGAUGGGCAAGAAAAUGAUAAAACAUUGUGGAGGACUACCAUUGGCUGUCAAAGUGUUAGGAGGCUUGUUAGCUUCUCAGCCCACAUUAAGUGAGUGGAAAAGGGUUUAUGAGAAUAUUGGAUCUCACUUAGCAGGAAGGACUAGUCUUAACGAUGGAUAUUGCAAUUCAGUUCACAGUGUACUGUCUCUAAGCUUCGAAGAGUUGCCAACUUUUUUGAAACAUCACUUCCUCUACCUCGCCCAUUUUCCCAGAGAUUAUCUAAUCAGUGUGGAGAAUUUAUCCUAUUAUUGGGCCGCAGAAGGGAUACCAAGCCCGAGUUAUUCCGAGGGUGGUGCAACAAUUGAAGAAGUCGCAGAGGGCACU